AUGGUUGAGAAGUUAUUAGAAUGCCCUCAUUGUGGCAAAAGUUCUUCACAAUGGAUAGAUUUAAUGUUGGAUAAAGUUUAUCACGAACUUGCUAAACAGUGCAUGAAAGAGUGUAGUGAGGAAAAAGAUGUAGGAGAAGGAUGUUUUUAUGAUUUACUUCCGACCAACCAAAAAAUUGGUGUUGAUAUUGACCCCAAAAGAAAAGAUGUAAUUAAAGGUGAUUACUUAAAGUAUAAAUUACCAAAUAAACCUUUAAUUGUUAUUGGAAAUCCCCCUUUUGGGCAUCGGGGUGUUAUAGCCUUAGAAUUUAUAAAUCAUUCAAAAAAAGCAGAUUUUGUAGGUUUUAUCUUACCAAUGUUUUUUGAUAGUAAAGGUAAAGGGAGCAUAAAGCAUAGAGUUAAAGGGUUUAAUUUAAUUUAUUCGGAGCAACUUGCAGAAAGUGCUUUUUAUACUCCUAAUAAUAAUGAAGAUAAUGCGAAAAUUUUGAAAAUAAUUAAUGAUAUUUACCCGCAGAAAAGCGAUGAAGACUUGGUUUCCAAAGGAAAAGGAAGUAUAAGAUAUAGAGUUAAAGAACUUAAUUUAAUUUAUUCGGAACAACUAGAAGAAAAUGCUUUUUACACACCAAAUAAUAAUGAGGAUAUUGAUAUAAAAUCCGAUUAUUAUUUAUCUACUACUUUUUAUGGAGAAAAUAAGGUAGUCAAUACUUUUGAAAAAGUAAAAUAUAAAAGUGGCGUUGCCAUUAAAAUAAAUACCUCAAAUGAAAAAGAAAUUCAAAAAGUAGGAAUUGAAAAAUUGAAAGUUCAAGCUCUCAACCAUCCCGAAGCAGGAUUAGCUACGGAAAUUCCUUUUGGCAAAGUAAUCAGGGAUUUUUUUAAAAUAUUAACUUCCGAGACUUAUGUUUAUGGUGUGAGAUUUUUAAGCGCUAAUGGAGAAAUUAAACAGUUAGAGACUGAAAUUAAGGAAUUGGAAAUGGUAACGCACGGGUUUGUGGUGGACGAGACCGGAAGAAAAAUGUCAAAGUCCUUAGGUAAUGUUAUUGAGCCCAGCGAAAUUGUCGAAAAAUUUGGCGUUGACGUGGUUCCCCUUUUGCAUUUUUGUAUCAAUGAUUUAAGUUCUUUUUAUUUGGAAAUUAGCAAAGAUAGUUUAUAUUGUGAUAGUUUAGAAAGCCCCCGGAGAAAACAAAUUAUUACGGUUUUAUAUUACCUUUUAGCCGGAUUAUUGAAAAUCAUUGCUCCUUUCUUGCCUUUUUUAGCGGAAGAAGUAUACGAAAAUAUUCCUUUUAGCUUUGGUUAUGCCGAAAAAGAAAGUGUACUAUUUUUGCCUGAUUCUCAAUUUCUGUUAACCGCUGGGGAAUCAAACACAGAAUUAAUUGAGGAUUUUCUUUUAUUACGCCAAGACAUUUUUUCGGCUUUGGAAAAAGCCAGACAGGCCAAAAUAAUUCAUACUAACUCCCAAGCCCAAGUUUUAGUUAUUCCGAAAGAAAAAGCAAAAACUUCUCAGUUCACUUCAUUGAAUUUAGCCCGUUUACUGCUGAUUGCCCAAAUAAAAUUUAUAGAAAAAAAAUCUCAAACUGAUUUUUACGAGGAACAAAAUUACACAGUAAAAGUAGCAAAAACCUCUGCUGCUCGUUGUGUUCGUUGCUGA